AUGGCAGGGAAGAUUAAGGUAAAAGUAAACUUUUGUAACACUUUUAUUAACAUUUAUACCUUAAAGAAAGUACUUUAAGUUGUUGGUCACAGUUUUAGUUGCUUGAAUGUUCGUAUUCAGUUUUCCACUUGCAGCUUGUUCUAAUGUCAAUCAUCAGGUCGAGUUAGCCCCUCUCUUAAAUAACUAACAAACCAGCAAUUCAUGACCUGUCCUAAUCCUUUACGAUUUUACAAGCACUGCCCCUAUCACAUACAUGCCAACUCUCCCGGAUUUCCCAGGAGUCUCCCGGAUACGACACCAAUCUCCUGGUCUCCCAUGUUGGUCACCAUCGGGGUCCGGGAGAUGUAGUGUGAGACAGACUUUUUAAUGGAAAAUCGACCUUUGAUAGAUUGGAAUUAUUGGUGGAAGUGGAAUGGAUGACCCUGAUAUUUUGGAAAACAGGCAAGAAAAGCACGUGACAACACCAUAUGGAAAGGUAUGUUGAUUUAAUGCCAGUAUUUAAUAGGUGAGUUAACAACUGUUUUAUAAACAUAGGUAUUGCCUAGGCAGCAAUACGUGCUACAGCAUAAAUGACACACUUCUUUUAAAAGUGUGAUGAUGCUGCAAGUAACAAAGGUCAUGAGAGGCCUUUGUGUAACUGAAUCCUAUUACGUCCAGUUCCCAUCCAUAAAUGUACUCCCGAAUAUCUGGCUCCCAUAUUUCUUUAGAACCCCGAAUCCCGGGCUCCAAAAUGGCCAAAUCUUGGAUCCUGAAAAACCUGUUGGGGACCCUCGUUAUAUGAAACUUAGGAUAGGAGAAUGAGGAUACACAUGAUGCAGUUCUGAUGUAAAGUUAUUUUGCUUGUAGCCAUCUGAUGUUUUGAUCCUUGGCAAAAUAAAAGGAGUUGAUUGUGUUGUGUUAGCCAGGUGAGUGCCUUAACGAUCUACCAUGCACAUGAAAGUGUCCAUUAUAACUACUUCAAGUCCAUAAUUACAGUAAAUAUUUAUAUAAUUUUUUAAUCUCUUCCACCAUAUGGCGUGGAAGACACAACAGAGUGGGACUCCAAUUUAGGUUUGGUCUUACAGAUAACCCAACCAUCCUAAGAGAGGUUGGCCACCCCGCUAGGGUCAUCUACCUCUCCUACUUUUUUUGACCAGUGGUGGACGUGGGUUCUUUUAUGUCUCACAAGAACCAAAUAAGCGACAGCCCAUUGAUAGUCAAACAGUGUCUUUUAAUUGUUCCAUCAGUGUCCAUGACAUUAAUGGUAUUUGACCUUACCCUUAUAGUGCUGCUAUCUUUCCUCAUGCACCCUUUGCUGCCUAAGUUUUCACUUUUAUCCAACUUAACCUAACAGAUUUGCUUAUUAUUUUUUGUGAUAUUUUGUAUGAGGCUGGUUCCAAAAGCUUAUUGAAUAAUUAUCUUCACAUGUGGGUAGAGAGGAGUUAACAACUUAACAUCCAUGAAGUGUCUUAUCAGCCCUGCAGAGGGGUUCUCUGGAUUUCAAGUGACGGGGAUGAUUGAAUGGGGGCAAAAAUCAAAACCCAACAAAGUCCCUAGGGCUUCCAACAAAACCCGAAAAAAAUUCCAGACCCAAAAUUAACCUCCCAAAAAAUCCCUUGCUGGAUUUCUGAGCCUUAGAAAUUUCCAGAAAGUAUUAAAUGAUAUAACAAGAAUAAUACCCCCAAAAAUCCCUACUUCAAUCAAGCUGCCCCCAAAAAAUACCUGCCAAAUUUUCCUACCCAAAAAAAUCCUUGAAGCAAAAUUUCAAACCCAAAAAAAUCCUUCGAUCAUCCUCGUCACUUGAAAUCCAGAGUACCCCAUGGGCGUAUCAUUCACUGAUACUACUUUCAGCGCCCUCCUUUGUAUUCGACAGACAUGGAAGAAAACAUGAUGUCAUGCCUACAGAUAUCAAUUACCGUGCAAAUAUUUAUGCCCUGAAAGAAGAAGGUUGUACUCAUGUUGUUGUGACAUCAGCCUGUGGAUCUUUGAAAGAGGAGUAUGAGCCUGGCCAUAUAGUUUUUCCUGAUCAGUUUAUUGAUCGGACAACCAAGAGGGUUUCAACAUUUUACGAUGGUAAACAAGGCAGUCCGAAAGGAAUUUGCCAUAUGCCGAUGCAUGAGCCAUAUUGCCCACACACAAGAAAGGUUUGUAGAAUUAAUCCUUAGUUCCUAUUAAAGGCCUAUUUUCAACUAAACAGUUCUACUAUAGCAUUAUUAUGCACUUGUGAUAACAUUUAACUAGCUUUGCAGACACCUUGCUGUUACUUAUCCACCAUUAAAAUGGACACUGAACUAUUAAAAUCUCUGGCAAAAUUAUCUCCCACUAAUAUAGAGUCUCACUUUUUACAACCCUAACUCAGGAUACUGACGGUGUCAUGCUGGACCAGGAGUUGACUGUAAAUUAUGAAAAUGGUUGACCUCCCAGGUUAGCUCAGUUGGAAGAGUGUUGGUCUGCUGGGCAGGCAGGCGGGAGUUCAAACUCUGGCCGAACCAACAACCAUGGUCUUUAAAAACUGGAGAGAUCAUGCUAGUGAUGAUCAUGUCAUUGGGUAGUGACAUUAAAGCCGUUAGUCUUGUCUCUUCUGUCCAUACACAUCAUUUGGAAGGGAAUGUAGAAGAACCUGUGACAUGGUUCAAACAGGUCUAUCUGACUGUCAUCAUUGGUCAGGGUGAGAUAGGUGAGAUCAAACGUAGACUGAAGUGGUGGCUGCAUACAUGAUGACAUCUGAUCUCUCCUAUUCGGUCCCUUUGUAUCUCACCCACGGGCGGACCAGCUGGGAAAACUGGUUCAAUUUAGGGUUUUAUCUGUUGUUUUAAACAAUCACCUCCCUUGAAUAGUCGCCCCCUUUGACAGAAAUCUUUAAAAUAAUCGCCUCCCUCGAAUAAUCGCCCCCCCCCCCCAACCCCAUGUUUUAAACAAUCACCCCCCUUGAAUACUCGCCCCCUUUUACAGAAAUCUUUACAAUAAUCGCCCCCCCCGAAAAAUCCCCCCCCCCCCCAACCCCUCUCACCCGUUUUUCUCUCUUUUAUCCCCUCCCUGUCAAGUUAAAAAUUGAUGCUUUGGAUGACAAACAAUUGCUGAAGAGGAGUCUGAUGCGCACAGCAAAACUGAUCGGUGAUGAUUCUAGCUGUGACGUCGAAGAUACUGACUUUGAAAAUUAGCCAAGGAACCAAAUUUAGAACACUUAUAGAGCCCAUGUUCAGUAUGCUUGAUGUGAUUAUUUUUUUAUUUAAUGGGAUAGUAAAACAAAAUACAAGUAUUUAGGACAUGACUUCCAGUGAGCAAUAUUCAAAAUAGCUGCCUCCCACGAAUAGUAGCCCCCUUUUAGUGUGAAAAAAAAGAGUAAUCGCCUCCAGCUGUCACUCGAGGAAAUACAAGGAAACAUAUUUAGAAAAGGCUUUCUUUUGCCAUUUUUUUUAGAUUCUUACUGAAGCUGCCAAAGAACUGAAAUUGCCUCAUCAUGAAUCAGGCACAAUGGUUGUUAUUGAAGGCCCACGCUUCUCAUCCAAGGCUGAAAGUAGAAUGUUUAAAAUGUGGGGUGGAGACAUUAUCGGUAUGACAGCUGUUCCAGAAAUUGUCCUUGCUAAUGAAGCUGGUCUUUGUUAUGCCUCUAUUUCUAUGGUAACUGACUACGACUGCUGGAGAGAUGACCAUGAUCCGGUAGGCUUUUGUCUGGUAGUGCGCCAGCCAUGCUUCUGUUAUGCCUGAAACUAAGCUCUCCAUUCAGAUUAUUGUUCAUGACGAGUAAAGGGUUGUGGUAUUUUGGUACUCCCAUGUGUCAACUCUCCCAGACAAGGCACUGUUCUCACAGUCUCCCACAUGGGUCACCAUAUUUGCCUUGGUAUUAAGCCCAUUUCUCCCCCCCAAUGUUUUUUUAUUUUAUUUUAUUUUUGAUUUGAACAUGUUACAGUUUCCUUGUGGCAUUUUGCACCCCACAUUAGAAUGAAGCUGUGCAAAGGGCAAAAUGCACCAUUUUCCUAUCUUUGAUUGGAGUGGGAGGAGUCUAAACUUCUCAUUUAUUUUUGUUCAUGAUUGCAGGUUCCCCCAAUUCUUCUCCACAUUAUAUUAUUCCAACUCUCCUUGAUUAUCCAGCAUUUCUCCUGUAUAAUGCCCCUGCCCUAAGCAUUUGAUACCCCACCUUGUAAUAUAGUUUCCCUCAGCUUUAGUUUGAUACGAAUGUUUAAUAUUUGCGUGGUAAUUUAGUAAAAUUUGAAACAAUAUUCUGUUGUUAUUACCUAUUACUUAGGUAAGUGUGGAAGCAGUUAAAAAGACUUUUAAGGUCAAUGUUGCUAAUGCCAAGGAACUUCUGUUAAAUGUUAUUCCACGUAUUGCUUCUGAAAAGUGGGCAGAAAUCACCAAAGAACGAGAGGUAUUAAUAAUAUUAUAAUCUGCUUUAUAGGUUUAAUGGGAACUAUUGCUGUCAUUGUCAUAUUUUGUGGUAAACUUAAGUCAUAUUGAACGCUGUUUCUAUGGCCCUAAAUUUAUGCCUUGUAGUUUUAUUUCACACUAACUUCUUUUUACCAUGAAAUAUUUGUAUCACAAUGAUUUGAGAACUUACUAAAUUAUCAAAAGAAGUAUCCAGAACUGAAUGCAUUCUCUUAUGGAACAUCUUUGAUAAUGAUAAAGCACUGAUUUUGCAGAGAGAAAUCUGAUGCUUUUCGUCCUUUAUAAGAUUAAAAGUUAAACAGGCUGAAUAGAAUAGGUGUAGAAAUUAUAGUCUUUUUACUAGAGAUGAUGAGUCUCUCCAAAAGUUUAAUAAUUGGAAAAGGUGCAUGUAUAAUACUUUAGCCCACCAAAGAUUUGACUUUUUAAUUAGCUGUCCUAAAAAUGUCAAGACUUGGAUCUUAGAUCCUAUGAAAUCUUAAAACGACAAAACUUGGUUCAUUUUGUAAAGUUCCUCAGUGAUCAUUCUUAAACAAGUGCAGGUUCCAGCUUUGGUACAAGAAUUUAAAGUAAUAAUAUUAUAAAUUAAAAAAACCAAAUAUUAUUAACUUAUCAUAAUUAAAUUCUUAAAAAUGUCUUAUUUCUUAUUUUUAUUUUUAUUUUUAUUUUUAGGCUGCUGUCACAAAUAACAUAAUGCUCCCUUCAAGCUGA